AUGAAACGAGGAAGGAGAACUAACGAGGCUGACAGCACUGCAUCUGAAGAGACAACUGAGAGAGAAUCCAAGAGACACAAGGUUAUAGAUGAGAAGACCGUAGCUGUGCAGAGUCCUGACUGGGCGAACCUGCUUCAAGACAUUAUCCUGCAGGUGUUUCAGUACUUGCCCCUUCUGGAUCGUGCUCAUGCAUCACAGGUCUGCCGAACCUGGAACCAAGUGUUUCAUAUGCCUGAUCUCUGGCGGUGUUUUGAGUUUGAACUGAAUCAGCCAGCUACAUCUUACUUGAGGGCUACACAUCCCGAACUAAUCAAGCAAAUAAUAAAGAGACAUUCCAAUCACCUGCAGUAUGUAAGCUUCAAGGUGGACAGUAGCAAGGAAUCUGCAGAAGCAGCUUGUGAUAUUUUAUCACAGCUUGUGAAUUGUUCUCUGAAAACACUUGGGCUAAUUUCAACUGCCCGUCCAAGCUUCAUGGAUUUACCAAAGUCUCACUUUAUUUCUGCACUGACAGUGGUGUUCGUAAACUCCAAAUCCCUCUCUUCACUUAAGAUUGACGAUACACCAGUAGAUGAUCCAUCUCUCAAAGUGCUAGUGGCUAACAACAGUGACACGCUCAAACUGUUGAAAAUGAGCAGUUGUCCUCAUGUCUCUCCAGCUGGUAUCCUUUGCGUGGCUGACCAGUGUCAUGGUUUACGUGAAUUGGCGCUGAACUACCAUCUGCUGAGUGAUGAGCUUCUGCUUGCUUUGUCUUCUGAAAAACACGUCAGGCUAGAACACUUGCGCAUUGAUGUUGUCAGUGAAAAUCCUGGACAGACUCAGUUCCACACGAUUCAGAAGAGCAGCUGGGACGCUUUCAUCAAGCAUUCUCCUAAAGUAAAUUUAGUAAUGUACUUUUUCUUGUACGAAGAAGAGUUUGACCCAUUCUUUCGUUACGAAAUACCUGUCACUCACCUUUACUUUGGAAGAUCAGUAAGCAAAGAUGUACUUGGCCGCGUUGGGAUGACGUGUCCUCGGUUAGUUGAACUGGUGGUGUGCGCCAAUGGAUUGCGGCCACUGGAUGAGGAGCUGAUCCGUAUUGCAGAACGUUGCAAGUAUCUGUCGGCCGUUGGCCUAGGAGAAUGUGAAGUCUCUUGCAGUGCCUUCGUGGAGUUCGUGAAGAUGUGUGGGGGUCGUCUCUCUCAGCUUUCUAUCAUGGAGGAAGUUUUGAUUCCUGAUCAGAAAUACAGCUUGGAGCAGAUUCACUGGGAGGUUUCAAAGCAUCUUGGUAGAGUCUGGUUCCCGGACAUGAUGCCCACGUGGUAA